UCCCACCGGCAGUUAGUCCUACCCGAAUCACCGGCAGCGCUUCCAUCCCUCGUGUCUUGUAUGGUGUUUUGUUGGUACCUACCUGCCGUCGACAACUAUCAAGGGGCACCAGUCUAGUCGCUGUCGAGAUUGUCAGUCGGAACUGCUCGUUUCCUGUCCAUAUGCAAGUUCCGGCGCCGGCCUCUGCCCAUCUCCCAUCCCAUGUGGAUUCUCAUAUAAAUGCGCGACAAUCACACCCCGUUAUUUCACCUACACUUACCCAACCAUGCCGCGCGUUGAUCCUUGGGUAGACGGUGCCUUCCGUAGAUGGGAGGAUCAGGAGUUCUAUAAGGCAGGCACGCCCUCCGCGAAGAUUAUCCCUGCUACCGGCACUGCAGACUGGGUUGGUCCCAUCGUCGUAGCAGCGGAGACAAUGCUCUUUGUUGUCGGACCGGAAGGCAUCGUGCUUUCAGCUAUUCUAGGACUGGCCUUUGCCGCCUUGCAACCGUCAAAAUUGAGUCGGUACAACCAAAACACCCGUGAAAAUAUUCUAGCUGCGGUCCAAGAUGGCUUGCGGAGUGGUGAUAUCAAAAAAGCUAUCAAUGAUCUGCGAGAUUUCCAGGAGGAUUUGAAGACGCUGCAGGCUAUGACGAACACCAUGUCCAGCGACGAUUUUCGUGCUCUUGAUACCACACUGGACAACUUGUCGAGAUCGACUCAGUCAGGUGGUUCCCUCCAACACGCAUUCGACACCCUCCGUGACGGGGUCCAGCUUGACGGGCAUGACCAUGGCAAUGAGCUCCAAUGGCUCGUCGCUGCCGUCCUCUGCAUCUUCCAGGCUUACUGGAUUCGUUGCACUGCUUACGCUCACAUGGCUCGCUAUCAUCGUCGCCAGAACAACUUUCACGAAUACAACGCUCGCCUCGGCGCACUGCGCAUCGCCUACGAAGGAUGUCAAGCCCAUCUUCCGGAUCUGCUCAAACAGACCGAGGGCCACAUCCACUGGGCCAGACAGGAUCGUAUCAACAGCAUCUCUAUCGAGUUCGACCAUUUUGAUACCGCUUGGUACGAUCGAGCUUUUGGCUCUGCUGACAAGGAGAGUGUUCGCGAGAGGGUAUUUAUCAAAGAUAACAAGACGGGGCAACGAUUAGAGGUGGCUGGCCUGGUGGGUAGGUCGGGUGGCAGGGAUUACUCGGACGGAAUGGGAAAUAAGAGUGACGACAAUGACCGAGAGCUGGGGGAGUUUGGGAAUCUCAAUAAACCGGACUAUAUCAAGCAUCUAGGGACCCGGUUGGACAGGGACAUCCAGCCUGCUCGCAGCGCUUGGAACAAACUCCAAGGACUGUUCAGUGACUUCAUCACGCAAAACAAGCCUGCCACUCCUCAAUUUCCACCUGUGCGCGUUGGAAAAGUCCGCAUGGGUAUAAAAGGCAGGGUUCCCGUGGGCUCCCACCUGUCCUAUCGAGUGAUCAUCGUCAACGACAAAGGGGUGCCCAUCACAGGAUCGAGUCCAUGGUCAGCUUGGUUCAAGAUUACUUCCGAUCAAACGGAGGUCGCACAGUUCCUCAUCGGCGACGGAUACGCCAUGACCGACACCCAUCGUCAGAUCUGGAUGCGCGUCCGGCCACCCUCUAUGCCGCUUUUUCAACUUGAUAACGAGCAGGGUGCAUUGGUUGAUACAAUCUAUGGACACGGAUUGAUUCUUUGGCCGGAGACGAGCGAUGAGGGAGCUAUUUAAACAUGUAUGAGCCUACAAACACAAGCUUUUACUAAAUCUUUGGCUGGGUAUCAUCUGCAUUGUGACGUGGUGGUACUUGCUUCGCUAUCUGGACCACUCACAGACAGCCCUUGUACAGAGAAGAGAAAAGAAAGUAUGAUUGCAUUAUAUCUAAAGAUGACCAGCUACUGCAUGCGACCCAAAACCCGAGGCUGGUUGACAUCAGCCAUGUUAAUGAAGAUAUCAUCGGCUGGGUGACGGUACAACGGCUCGCGGAGGCGUUUCUGAUCGAGAUGGUGGCCGAUGAAUCCAAUGCUGCGACCCAGCACGAACAAGCCAUUGAGCGUGCCAAUCCUGACAUACUCAUCCGCCUCCUCGGGUGUGAACGCACCCGAGUCCCGAAGAAGAUCGACAAAGCAAACGGCGAUGCAUCCAUCGACGUUCAGGAUGAGCGUGUCCUUCUUGGCUGUGGUGACCUUCUCGACGGCGAGCGCGUAGUCGAGCAGGCUGUGGGCAGGGAAGUUCUUGCGCACAAACUCCUUCACGAGCUCGACACGGAGGUCUGGGUUGUUGACACUCUUGAUCUUGUGUCCGAUGCCGGAGAUGAGCUUGUUGGCCUUGCGCGAGUUGUCGACGAACUCGCGGGGAGUAAGACCCGUAUCCCGUGCCUGCGAGAACAUCGAUGCCGCUUCGUCGAGCGCACCGCCAAAUCGGGAGCCGAUGGUCAACAGACCCGAAGCGAGCGAAGAGAUCAGGUCUUUGCCGGCACGAGUCGCGACGAUGGUGUUCAUCGCACCAGACACGGCAGGACCGUGGUCGGCAGUGAGCAUGAGCACCAUCUCGAUGAACUUGGUCGCCCAAGGAGGAAGGCCUGGAGCGUAUUGAGUAUCGGUCAACAGCAGAAGAAACAAAAUGACGCACGGCGCUUGAACCACAGCAGCGACACAACACCACCCAGUCCAAUAUCUUCCUUGAAGACAUCCGAGAUACGCAUACCAGCGUACAGCAGCUCUUGUCCACGCUCGUCACUGAUGGUCGAGAUGAAUGCAGCGGGCUUUCGGAUCAGUCCGAGCUCGGAGGCCCACUUGUAAUCCAUCGGGAUGACUGGUGGAUCUGGCUCGCUCUUCUCCGAGAUGACGCCCCGGGAAACGAGACUCUGGUACGUCUCUCUCAAAACGCGCGGAAGCUCUUCGAAGGUCUCCGGGACAACGAAACCAGCAGCCCGCAUCGCCUUGUUCUUCGCAUCGGCCGUCUCCAUCUCUGAGUCGGCCAUCGAGCCAGCGUGACCGAACUGGACCUCAGUGUCAAACAUCUUCGCGCAGGUUCCAAUGGCCCAUGCGACGAUCGGCUUGGUGAUACGUCCACUCUUAACCGCCUCGAUCACACGGUACUCCUCGACACCACCGACCUCACCCAGCAAAACGAGCAUCUUGCAGUUCGGGUCAGCCUCAUAGCGCAACAGAUGGUCGAUGAAGGUCGAUCCCGGGUAACGAUCGCCACCGAUGGCGAUACCCUCGUAUGUUCCGUCGGUCACCAGCGACAGGAUGUUGUUCAGCUCGUUCGACAUGCCUCCAGACUUGGACACAUAACCGACUGAUCCGGCGCGGUACAGCUUAGAUGCGAUGAUGUUAUCCAUCAUUCCGCCAGAGUUUCCGAUACGGAAGCAGCCAGGUUUGAUUCCACCGACAGUGGCGGGGCCAAUGAUCAACACACCACGCUCGUGCGCCAGCCAGAGCAGCUCGCGAGCAUGACGCUCAGGGACACCCUCAGCGAUCAACGCAAUGCUGCGGAUCUGGGUGUACUUCAGGAUGUCCACCGUGCUCGAAUACACAGACCGCGACGAGGCAAAGUUGACGACCACAUCGACGUCGGGGUGCUUCUUGACGGCCUCGGCGACCGAAGUGUAGACGGGCAAUAGUGUCUCCUUGGUGCCCCAAUAGAACUUCUGCAUGUGGUGUCCACCGAAGGGAUACACCAUUGCCGCGACACUCGGGUUCUUGCGACCGCAAGAAAAGUCGAAGUCGAGCAUGCCCUGGAUCGCCCGGGGCUGGAGACCGUACACAAAGCUACGCGUCAUCUCAUCGAAAGGCCGGUAAGUCGGUCGAGAACCGGCAACUUCCUCCGUGGUGAAGCGCACGAUCUGGUCGUCAGGCUGCGUGCGAGAGCCAGACGGAUGAAUUUCUCCGACGGCAGGCGAGCUGCUCUUUGGAGGAACCGUUUCGACAGAAACGGCGGUCGGAGUCGUCGUUCCCGUGCUGGGCACAGUGUUGGGCUUGUUCUCGAGGUCAACGCCCAGGGCGAUGGGCACAAUAUCGGUGAUGUGAGUGUCAGGCCCAUACACCUUGAUGGGCACACCCAAGCUCUCUCCGAGGAGGCUGCACAGGAGUGAGAACUCGACACAGAGAUGAAAAGGCACACUGACCGCAUAGCACGGAGACCUUCCUGGUAGUUGGGACCGCCACGACGAACAUAGAUCUUG